AUGACUGUACCCGCAGACCAUGAUAGGAACCGAGUUGGAGACGGUGCUAUCUGGUUCAAUGGAAGAACAUGUAGUAGCUCCGUUGGCUGGAAUGUCACUCAACCCCUCCGUGUAGCGUUCGAAGAGACAUGUGAUUCUGGAAUUUAUUCAACCGACGAAGCUUCAUCCAUUAGGACAAAAGUGAGUCUCCUUUGGUUCUUAUCUCUGCCAAUGACAGCGGGUCGGAAACCUGUUAUCAACAUGGAAUUCUCCGAGCCCACCAGCUCUGCUAUGCAAUGA